UCUAUUCCAUUGACCUUUCAGGAAACAACUUUGUUGGAGAAAUUCCCCAGGAGUUGAUGAAUCUUUCAGGUCUACAGAACCUGAAUCUAUCUACAAACAAAUUGGAUGGACAUAUCCCUUGGAACAUUGGCAAGUUAAGCUCACUAGAAUCACUUGACUUGUCUGACAAUGAACUUUCUGGCUCUAUUCCAUUCAGCAUUUCUGAUUUGAACUUUUUAAGUCACUUGAAUUUGUCAUUCAAUCACUUAUCUGGACGAAUUCCAAAGGGAAACCAACUUCAGACUUUGGAUGACAAAUCCAUCUACAUCGGCAACGAUGGACUUUGUGGACCUCCAUUGAAUAACUGUUCAGAUGAUGCAGAUGUAUUGCCUAAAGGUCAUGAAAAAGGUGGCACUACGAGGAAAGAUGACUCUGAAAUGGUUUGGUUCUACGGUGGUAUGGGAAUGGGAUUUGCGGCUGGAUUUGUUGGAGUUUGUAGCAUCUUGUACUUCAACGACUCAUGGAGGUGUGCUUGGUUUGGGUUAGUUGACAGAGUCUACAACAAGCUUUGGGUAACAAUUGCAAUUAAGGCAAAUCAAGUGAAGAGAAAGUUUCUCAGAAACAAAUUAGAAGGAAAUGCAUGAGAAGGAUUCAAGGUUGUUUGAGAUUGCAGCAGAUGUUAAGCUAAAUUUAAAUAAAGCCCCUCCUCCAUUCAAGAUUUGAAGUUUGGAAGGCUGGAAGAUUUUCUUUAAAGGGGAUG